AUGAAGUCUUUGGCAGCUGUCCGGAUAGGGUACGCAGAUCAUCUCAUUUCUCGAGCAGCCGAUGUCGUCUUGAAGGAACGACGACGCCUCGUCCUUGUUAUACGUGAGACCCACUUGAGUACCAUUCACCUAGAGAAUAUGACAGGCCUUAGCCGCAAUGGGACCAUUAUAAUUCCACCAGUUCCGGCCUUUUAUACAGAGCCUGAGACGCUAGACGCCGUGGUGAACCAGACUGUGGGAAGGAUCUUGGAUAUGUUCCACCUGGACACCUCCGGAUUUGAGAGAUAG